AUGGCAGCACAUCUCUUUAAUCGCAUUGGUCAAGUUGGGCUUGGUGUAGCUCUUGUUGGUGGAGUUGUUAAUUCUGCUUUAUAUAAUGUUGAUGGUGGUCAUAGAGCUGUGAUCUUUGAUAGAUUUGCGGGUGUAAAGAACUUGGUUGUGGGUGAAGGCACUCACUUCUUCAUUCCAUGGGUGCAAAGACCAAUUAUUUUUGAUAUCAGAUCAAGACCUAGAAAUGUUCCUACAGUGACGGGAAGUAAAGAUCUUCAAAAUGUGAACAUUACCUUACGUAUUCUAUUCAGACCUAUACCAGACCAAUUGCCAAGGAUCUAUACCAUUCUUGGUAUAGAUUAUGAUGAAAGAGUGCUUCCCUCUAUUACUGCUGAGGUUUUAAAAGCAGUGGUUGCGCAAUUUGAUGCAGGAGAACUCAUUACACAGAGAGAGGUUGUAUCACAAAAAGUUAGCGAAAGCCUUACUGAAAGAGCAUCUCAAUUUGGGCUAAUUUUGGAUGACAUCUCCAUCACACAUUUAACAUUUGGCAAAGAGUUCACCCAGGCAGUAGAACUGAAACAAGUUGCGCAACAAGAUGCUGAAAAGGCGCGGUUCCUAGUAGAGAAGGCAGAACAACAGAAAAAAGCGGCUGUAAUAGCAGCAGAAGGUGAUGCUCAAGCAGCAAUACUACUAGCAAAAUCAUUUGGCGUAGCGGGAGAAGGUCUCGUUGAACUAAGGCGCAUUGAAGCUGCUGAAGACAUUGCUUAUCAGCUAUCAAAAUCACGAAAUGUUACUUAUCUACCUCAAGGCCAAAAUGUACUCCUAAACCUUCCGUCACAAAACUGA